ACGUUUCGUGCCAUCAUCAUUCGUGUGCCAAUCCAAUGUCCCAAGCGAGCUUCGUGGUCCUUCAGAGGGACAACCAUGCGCUGACAAGGGAGAACAAUGCGUUGCACCUGGAGAUGAUUCGAAUCCAAGAAGAGCUCGAGGACAAGGCGCGGGGCAUGCAUCUCCAGGAGAAGGAACUGCAGCACAAGAUCGAGGAGCUGCAGUUCUUGAACACGCAAAAGACGAGUCAGCUGCAGAAGAAAGACGCCGACUUGAGCAAGCUGUAUGCGCAGGUGCAUCGACUCCAGGGCGAGAUGCAACACCCCACGAACGGUGGCAACUCGACGUCCGCGGAUGCGAUUGAGCUCAACAAACUCCUGCCACCAGCGAUCGAUCGAAAGUCCGCCGGGACAAGUUCAGCUGCGCCGCUUUCGUCCAUCGACGACCAUGACGCGUCUUCCAAGCAGUUGGACGCAUUGGGCCGGGAGAACAAAGCGCUGCAGGACCGCCUCGCCUCGCUUGAAUCCCAAGUCCGAACCCGCGAUGCCGAGAUCGACCGCCUCGGCAAGCAGCUCAAGGACAGCGUCUCGACCAAGGACUACGCCACGAUCAAGGCAAAAUACGACUUGGAGGCAUAUCAAAUCGCCCAGGACUUGGACAAGGACCAGCUGACUCGCCAAGUGGAUUUGCUUAAUGAUCAAGUGGCGAAAUAUGAACAAAAGCUCGUCGACGCCUUGCCGUCGCAGCAGCGACUGGAGAGUCUGACCCAAGAACUAAAACACGCCCAAGGCUUAAAUGACAAGUACAUGGAACAACUGCAACUACUUCAGCAACGACUGCAACGCAUUGAGCAAGAGCACGAACUGUGCGAUGCCAAGCAGUCCGAGCUCACGAUGGCGUCAGAUCAGGCGGAGAAACUUGUGCAGAAACUGCAGCAGCAACUCGAUGACACUACGCUACAAGUCACGCGCCUCGAGAAUGCCCUGAAAGCCACGCACUAUGACAAAAUGUCGUCGGCGAAUUCGGUGGCCAAUCUGGAAGCCCAUGUGAAGGUGCUGACCACGGAACUGAACCAGCUCAAGCCCAAACAUGCAGCCGUGUGCCAGCAACUAGCGGACGAAUCGAGCAACGGAAAACACUGGACAAAGCAACGCCAGGCUUUAGAAACAGAGCUCGCGGCCUUGCAAUCCAAGUUAAGCGACGCCCUGGCCGCCCAUCAGACGGCGUUGGACGGCCAGAACACGCUGCGUGUGGAGUGUACAUCUCUGGAGCAAGUGGUGGCCGACCGCGAUCGGGUGGUUCGAACGUUGCAAACAAACUUGGACAGCGCCACGCUCGAGUGUCAAGCCGUUGCUCGGCAACUCCACCAACAGAGUCUUGCCAACGAAUCGCAGCGGUCUAUCGACGUCCAGGCGCAGCACGCGUCUGUGCACUCGGAGGAGCGCGUGAUGCUCCGCAGGGACAACGACGCACUUCAAGUUCGCGUGCGGCGCUUGGAGUUGCUGCGAAACGAACUCGACGUGGCUCUGCGCGACGCCCAAGCGCAAGGGACGUCAUGGAAGCACCAAGUCGAUCACCUGCAAGACCAAAUGACUGAGACUUUGCACGAUCUGGCCAAAGCGAACGCCCAGCUCAACCAGGUCAAGAUGGAGGUUGUGCAUCUCCAACAGGAUAAGACCCAGCUCGAGACCCAAGUCGCCGACGCGCGACGCGAAAUUGAGAAACUCUCCCACGUGGCGCCCCACGAAGCGACGGCAAAGCUCCAAGAGUCCAAAUGGCAGAAGCGAGUGACGGAGGCUGAGCUAAGCAAACAACUGGUCGAAACCCAGCUCAGUGCCGCCGUGGCCGCUAAGGCUGGCUUGGAGCAGCGGUUGGCGCAGGCAGAAACGAAAUUGCGCAGUGCAGACGAUCGAGCUAUAGAAGUAAAUGCGCAAGUUUCAUCAUUGCAAUCCGAAUUAGCCAAUGUCCAGAGCGAACUUGCGAGUACAAAGCAGAGCAAAUUAUACUUUGAAACCGAGUACGAAGCGGCGAUGUUGGCGUGGACAGACCAGUCCAAAACAUUUCAAACGGCGCAGCAUGACCUAGAUGCGGCCGACGGGGCUCAACGAGAGUCGGCUCGCCAAAUACAUGACCUCCAGGCAGCUUUAACGGCGUCUCAGACCAAAUGCCACCAAGUGGAAAAUUUGCUCGGCCAAGCGCAGAGCCACCGCAAGACGCUGGAAAUGCAGUGGACUCUGGUCCAGGAAGAGCUUCGACAUGCCAAAGACCACCAAUUGGCUCGGGAAUCUACCAUCAAACGGCUGCAAACCGAAACGUCGGAACUAUCACGUCGGGUGGUUCAACUGGAGCAAGACAACGGUCAGCUCAAGCAUUUAGUGGGGGAAAUGGAGUGCGGUCGAGACAAAUGGUCGCUCGAGCACAAGCAACUGAAGAUGGACAUGAACGACCUUCGGGAAUCGAAUGGGCACUUGGAAGGCGUUCGCGAGCAACUCGAAGCGUCGAUUGGCCAGCUCAAGCAGUCGCUCAGUCAGGUGCGCAGCAUGCUGGAGGCGUCGGAUCGGGAUAAAGAUGCGCUUAUUCACAUGUUGGACGUGAAAACCGAAGAGAUGAGUGCGCUGGACGCCCAAUCGACGCGCGUUUCGGAGCAGCAAUCGGCCGUUCGCAACGAGUUGGUCAGUUGCCAAGCUAGUUUGCGCCAACUGGAGGCGGCCCUAGCCGAUAAAGAAGCCACGGUCACUACGCUCCAAGCUAAUCUGGACAAAGCGGAUAAGAUGAGUGCGAGGUUGAAGGAAGAUGUGGAGCUGGGCAGAGGGGAACACGUGGCCCUGACCCAGGAUUUGCAUCAUAUGACCAUCGAAAACCAGUCGCUCGCGGGAGAAUGCGCACAAUUGCACCAUGAAAUAGCAUGGGUAUGA